AUGGACAACAAUCAGCAUAAGGAAAGUUGGAAAAGGCAACAACAACCAAUAACUAAAAAAUGUCCAGCAAAGUUGAUAUGGAUUCAUUCCCAAGAAAGUGUGGAUGCUGGUCCAAUAGUAGAAACAGUGCAGGUGCCACCAGUUGACUGGAAAACUGAUGGCAAAUGGCAGCCAGCUGCUCCACUUCACAAUGAACACGAGGGCAGAACCCAUGCUGACGUGCCAACUUUUCAGUGCACAAUAUUUCUGGAUGACGUGGAACUUGGAACAGCUGUUCAUGGAAUGGGAGACAUCACAGCCAAAUGGGUAGAAAAGUGUGUAUGUCCAAAUGCUUACACUGGUCAGUUUUGUGAAUCAUGUGCCCUUGGCUAUUACUGGAAAACACAUAAUGAGCAUGUGACUGUGUGUGUGCCGUGCAGCUGCAAUGGACAUGCUGAAAUGUGUGAUGAGAAUACUGGACAAUGUAACUGCCAGCACAAUACAGCUGGUCAUAAUUGUGAGUUAUGUGCAAAAGGAUUUUAUGGGAAUGCUUUACAAGGGUCAGCAUUUGAUUGCAUGCCAUGUCCUUGUCCAAAUGGUGGACCCUGUCUUUACAAUGGAAGCAAUAUUGUUUGCCUGGAAUGUCCAGUUGGUUAUACAGGACCUCGUUGUAAUAUCUGUGAAGAUGGGUAUUAUGGAGAUCCUGAUGGCAUUAAUGGACCUGUCAUGCCGUGUCAGCCUUGUGAGUGCAAUGGUAACAUUGAUUUCAAUGAUACUGGGAACUGUAAUGCUACUACAGGAGUAUGCCUGAAAUGCAUUUUCAAUACAGAAGGAGAACAGUGUGAAAGAUGCUCGCAAGGUUUUUAUGGUAAUGCCUUAUCUUCCAUCAAAGGAAACUGCACACCAUGCCAUUGUAAUAAACUAGGUACUUUACAAAGCCUUACUGAUGAUACCAUAUGUGAUCACUUAACAGGACAGUGCCCAUGUAAACCACAUGUUAUAGGAAGAAACUGUGAUACCUGUGAAGAUGGCUAUUUUAAUACUAACAGUAGUAAGGUUUGUGAGGCCUGCAAAUGUGAUCCCACAGGUUCUGUCAGUCAAACAUGUGAUAAAGAUAGUGGACAAUGUACUUGCAGAGAAGGGGUUACAGGUAAACAGUGUGAUGCAUGUGAAAUACACACUUACAAGUUUUCAGAGAAUGGAUGUAAGAAAUGUGAAUGUAAUCCUCUUGGGUCAUCUAGUCCACUGUGCGAUAAUUUGGGGCAAUGCUCAUGCCUUGACAACGUUGAAGGUCUUAAAUGUGAUCGCUGCAAGGAGAAUAUGUAUGAUUUGAAAAAUGGCUGCUUGGAGUGCCCCCAGUGUUACAGUCUGGUUGAAUCUAAUGUGGGUUCCUUACGUCAGUCUCUGCAAAAUCUCAUGGAGAAUCUAAAUGAAUAUGAAAAGAAUUCACAUUUAGAAAUGAGUGAUCAGUUUGAGACACAGCUCUUGGUUACAAAUAUUUCAUUGGACAUCUUCCAGAAGUAUGCAAUGGGAACCCUGAAAGGUGGAGAGGAUGGCCUGAAACAAAAAAUAAAUGAACUUCAACAAGACCUUGAUGCUACAGACUUUCUAAAAUCAGUUACCGAAAGUGGUACAGAAAAUAUCAUAAACACAAUACAGCAGUGUGUUUCAAACAUAUCUCAUGCAGAAGAAAUUAUUCAAGCUGUACUGAAAAUAUUAGAGAACAAUACAGAUUAUCUGGAUGUAAUUGGGUCAAUCUCUCUGAAUGCAGCUCAGACAUUAUCAGCUGCUCUGAAUCAUCAAAAUUACCGAAUUUUUCAUAUCACUAAAGAAGCAAAAGCAAUGGUUGCCAGACAGCAUGAAGAUUUACAGUUCAUCAUGGACACAGCAUCAGCAUGUGUGAAAGUAGCAUCUGAAGUUAACAGAAUGCCCACUGAAGCUAUAAAUAACCAGUAUGCAUUAAGUCUCAAGAUCACAGCCAAUUCGAAGCCAGCUUCUGCUGAUAUCAUAGCCAUUUUUUAUCCCAAGCCACAAAGUGCACAAAGCCGUGUGAUUACCCAAACAGCAAUGGACAUCAGUAUUAGCAAUGAGAAUGAAAAGCUGAAAGCUGAAACUGAAGUAGCAGUCAGUAAAAUGGAACUAACAAAAGCUGUAACAGAUGAUUCAGUUGAUAAAGUAAAUGAUGCAUAUAGCACAGCUCUUAAUAAUCAUAUUGAGAUAUUGAGUCUUAAUUUUCCAGAAAUCGAUCUGGUAAAAAUACAGUUGGAUGCUACAACAACAGUUGCACAGGCUUCAGCAAUCAUUAGUGUUGCUAUGGAAAUGUGGGAUGAAAACAGAGAAUUAUAUAAUAGCACAGCUGAAAAUAUUUCAAAAUCAAAUAAUUUGCUGAAACUUGUGGCUGGAAAGCAAACAUUGGUUAACAGUAUAUAUGAAGAAAUACAGGAAAUUAAUGCCAAUGUUGAUAGUACUAUUGAACUAGCAUCUUCAACAUACAAAGAAGUUGCUGAUGCACACAAAAAUAUUCAAGUUUUUGACAAGAAUGUGCAACACCACAAGAAAUUAGCUCAUUCUGCAGUACUGAAGAUCCCAAAAAUAAAGCAUACAAUCUUAAAUUCACAGAAGAUGACCACCAAUAUCAAGAAUCAUAUAGAAGAAUCUGAACUGCAGACUAAUUAUGCUUUAAAAAUGGCCCAUGAUAUUCAGCACACACAUUCAACAAAAAUUUCAGAGGGAAUCGCAAAAAUUAAUCGAGAGUCAGGUGCUGCCAAAGUGGAAGCAAUAAGACUUUUUGAUGAAGCUUAUGCAUUUUCCAGCCGUGUACGAGCAACUAAAGCUGAUUUAACUGCUAUUGAAUAUGCUGGAAACUCAAACAGAAAUAAGAUUGUACAGGUGAAAGGUGACAUAGAUCAGAUGAGAUACGAUCAGGUGGAAACAUUAAAAGUAGCACAGUGGUCUCUGCAACAGAUAAGAUCUAUCACUGAAGAAAUGACUAAGUUUUCUGAAUUAGAUAUUUCUACAAUAGAAAUCCUGGAGAGAAAGUUUGUGAUGGCAGAAAAUGAAUUACUGAACAUCAGAUUAGAUGAGCGGAUCAGAGCUCUUAGAGAAGCCAGGCACGAGCAGAUGCAGUGGAUUCAUUAUUAUGAAGAUGAAAUUAUAAAACUCAGGGCUGAAGUAGCACACACAGAACAAGUUGCUAAUGCUCUGCCUAAGACUUGUGGUUCUCGUCUGCAGCUAGAACCAUAACAGAAAAUACCACAAGAAAGUCUACGCAAAAAAGUAGUAAAAUGAGACAGUUGUAGCUGAACACUUCCUCAUGAAACCUGAAAGCUAAUACAGACCCGCACUGAUGUUUUCUGGGAUAACUAAACUAUCUUAUUUCCGAUUAGUGUCAGUAGCAUAUAAUAAUAUUGUAUCAAUUGUACCUACUUGCAUUUGCAAUUGUGGACAGCCAUAUUUCUACAGAAAUGAUGUGAACAACACUAAUAUGAUAGUUGUGAACCAAGCAUGGUCAGAUACAAAUGUUUAACAGUUGCUGUAAUAUUAAUCAAAAUAGCUCUGAAACUUCAGCUAAGCACUAAACAUAGAUUUUGUUUUACACAUUGUGUUUAAAUUCUA